AUGGUACCAACACAAUCUGAUAUGAAUACUGAUAAGUGGAUUUCAGUUGUUAAUGGUGAAAUACGUUUGAAAUUAAUGUUAGGAAAUAAUGAAGUUCAAGAACUGGCUCGUAAAGCGAUUGCCAACAAGUACAGUUUGUCUGCGAUGCAAUAUUCAAACUAUUGGGAUGUUGCACCUUUGAUGAUUGAUUCACUGAUGGCUUACAUAGUUAAUGGACCUUCUUCUCCAGUACCUGGUGUCUAUCCUUUUCGAGUUGUACAUCCAAACUCACUCAUUCUAACAUUUCGAUGUCAAUGUUCAAAUGAUAAAAAUGCACGCUCCAUCAUGCAAAAAACUAUUAGCGGUGACUUUGAAAUUGAAAUAGGCUUUUAUUUUGCUGGUUUUACACAAAUUUCAACAAAUUUACUUUCAAUUACAAGCGAUCAGUUGAAAAACAUUUUGAGUAAAACAGCUGCCGAUGGUGGCAAUACAAAAGCACUCUACAUUCAUCGUAAUCAGGUAACAAAAUUUGUUGACAAGUACAUCUCUAAUGUAAAGAGAAUGAUUUAUCUUGAGAAUACAAACACAAAUACAUCGCUAUUAACUAGAGGUCUUGAGGAACAAUUUAUUUCACUAAUGCAGCAAGGUAUGAGUAGAGCUCAACAAACACAAUUAAGUGCAUCCUUAUUUAAUCAAGUAUGGUCUUCUUCCGAUUUAAAUCCUGAUCUUCUAACACAUGAACUUAGUAAACUGUUCACGUACAAUGAAGCGGAAACAAUUAGAAAUAAUGAUACAAAUACAUUUCAAUUUAAAUUAGGACUAUUUAAAUUCAUCAAGCAGUAG